GCCUUAGUGCGCACUCAGUGCACACUAGUGCAAGCAACCGAAUUCGCUAUUAGACAUUUAAUAUACUGUAAGAUAUUCUUUAUACAUAAUAUUAAUAAUGUUAUUAUAUAUUAUAGAAUGUUUUAAGCGUUUAAUGUUUAACCAUAUCCGUCCAACUUCGUAAUAACAGAUAACAACUAUUGAUUGAAUACGAAACUCGAGUAUGUGUAUAACUGAAAUCGUAGCAUAAGUAAAAUAGAGUAUGUCUAAAAAAUUAUUAGGAGAAAAAGGUAUUAACAAGGACAGAUUUCUUAAACGGAUAAGAAUUAACAGCAACAUAUGUAGAUAAGAUGUCUCUUCUAAUACGAAGAUACAGAUUCAGUAAUUGUUGGUCGUACACGAAGUUUAUGAAGACUCGUGAGCCAUGCUUUUCAACGCUAUUUAAUCCAAAAAUUAUUAGAAAUUCGUGUAGUACUUAUGUGAGUUCAAACAGUUUGGAUAAUAGAGUCAGAAGAUGGCUAGAUUACCUUGCAAAUGAAUAUAAGAACGAAACCUUGAAAGAUAACAAUCUCCUCGAAUUCGUCAAUUUAGACACUACUAGUGGCUUGUUGAGCAAAAGGGUACAACUAGUAGAAAAUAUACAGACUUUACAAGAUCUAGUAAAACAAGAUUCAGAAAUGAAGAAGCUAGCAGAGGAAGAAGAAGCAUUGUACAAAGGACAACUGUAUGAACUGGAUAAGAGUCUAUUGGAUGCGAUAUUGGCUAACAUGUGCAAUGAGUAUUGUGACAAUAUCAUUAUUGAAAUAACAGCGAGUGUCGGAGGUCAGGAAGCUAUGCUAUUCGUUAAAGAUUUGUAUGAGAUGUACAUAGGCUAUGCUAAAUAUCUGGGCUUAUCUCACGAAGUAAUAGACAUGGACAUGACCGACUGCAGUGGCAUUAGAAACGUCAGUAUCUUAUUGUCUGGUGAACAAAUAUCCAAGCUCAGAUACGAAAGUGGUGUGCAUCGAGUGCAGCGAAUCCCGGUCACGGAGAAGUCGGGCAGGGUGCACACUAGCACUGCCUCAGUGGCAAUUUUACCAGCACCGACAGAAGUGGAGGUUGUGAUUAACGAGAAGGACCUGAAAAUAGAGUCAAAACGAGCCUCCGGCGCGGGUGGUCAGCAUGUGAACAAGACGAAUUCCGCGGUGAGGUUAACUCACAUACCGACUGGGUUAGUUGUGGAAUGUCAAGUGGACAGGUCGCUAUUUAGGAACAAGAAAUUGGCGAUAUUGAAGCUGAGAAGUAUACUGUAUGAGCAGCAAUUGAACAAGCAGACGUCGUUUGCAGGCGAGCUGCGGAGGAAGCAGAUCGGAAUGGGACUCAGAAAUGAGAAAGUCAGGACGUACAAUUACAAUCAGGAUCGUAUAACUGAUCACAGGUUACAGAACGGCACUCUCUACAACUUGAAGGAGUUUAUGCAGGGUGGUGUGGUGUUAGAACAGCUGGAGGACAGACUGCAUAAAGAUAUGCAGAUGAAAACUCUGCUAGAAGUUGUGAGAAAGUUGGAGAUGCAAUUAAUAUAACACCAGUCUUCCCUUGAGAAGUUUUUAUCUUGAUUGUUGUUUUAUGUAGGUAAGUGUCUUUGCACAUAAGAAAAUUGUAAUAUACUUCAUGUAAUAAUAAGCGUUCUCUUUGUUUCCUGGAAAGAACUUCAGAGCUUAAUGACAAUGUACAGAGAAUGUUUAGUGGAGUUUGAUAACAAAAUUUCAUAGUUUUGCUUUUAAUUUUCUUUUCAUUUGGGUUGUUUGUUAUAAAAAAAAACAUAUUCCUUAUAUAUUUUAUAUAAAAUUUAAAUAUAAAUUUAGUGACAAACACACACAAAAUUUUAUAAUAUAUACAAAAUUAUAUGCAAUUAUAAUUUACAAUUACAUAUGAAAUUAUAUACAAUUUUAUUCUUUGAAUCAGUCAAUGACCUCUCUUUGUUACUGAGUAUAAUAGUUAUUGAGAUGAAUUUGCAUAUUUUAUAUUUUAAUAUAUGCCUUACCAGAUACCACAAUUACCACAAGUACAAUAUUAUUUAUGUAGCAAAAACUCAUCAUUACAUUCUUCCUGACAUGAUGCUAGCUACUAUCUCAGUUAAUCAGACCAUAUCUAUUUUCUGUUUGAGCUUUACAGCAGUGGUUAGAGACCUACUACUUAUUUUAAUUGACAAUAUUCAAACACACCCUCAAAGAUUGAACAAUCUAAAGAUUUUAAACGAUCUAUCAUAAGCAAAAAAAGAAUAUUAAAAUGUUUUUCAAGAACAAAGUUGUUAGUAUCACAAUAGUGUUUCACAUUUAUUCUUUUCUGUAUCUGAGGUAGUUAGUUGGUCUCACAAGAGUCAAAAAAUUGGUAUAAUCACUGUGAAAUUUUGUCAUCUAUUGUGACUUUGCAAGGUCAUUAAUUAUACAUAUGAUUUAUUUCAAUGAGAGAAACGUUUUUUCUGUAUAAAUAAAUGAAAAAAUUGAAAAGAUUCUUA